AUGAACGGCAUCUUUGCGAUUGAAAAGCCCAGUGGCAUAUCUUCAAGUCAAUUUCUCCUGAAAGUUCAACAGAUUUUUAACAAUAGCCAUGUUUUCUCGAGAGAAAUUCAAAGGGCAACUGCCGAACGAAUGCGACAAUUUCAGGAACAAACUGGCAAGAAAGCCAGCAAACGGAAGUUACGCAAGGUGUCUAAAGUGAAAAUGGGGCACGGGGGUACCCUUGAUCCCUUGGCUUCUGGCGUAUUGGUAGUCGGAGUCGGUUCGGGUACUAAAAAAUUAAGUCAAUACUUAUCGGGUACUGUCAAAGUAUAUGAAGCAGAAGCCCUUUUUGGUCUUUCGACAACAUCGGGGGAUGUAGAGGGUGAUAUUUUAACUAUGAAUUCUGUGGAUCAUCUCAAUAUGAAAGAUUUGAAGUCAGUCGAACAAAAAUUUGUGGGCAGCUUAAAGCAGACCCCGCCAAUAUAUGCCGCAUUGAAAAUGGAUGGUAAACCCUUACAUGAAUACGCACGUAAGGGGAUACCUUUACCGCGUGCAAUUGAAGCUCGGGAGGUAAACAUUUACGAUUUAACCAUAUUGCCCGACUCUUUGAGCACGACGCACAACUACGAAUUGAAAAGACCUUCGACCGAAGAGGCCCAGGACACUGUGACAGAACUGACCAAGAAAUCCAAUUUGAUGUUAGAUAAGCUUUAUUUCUCAAAAGAAUAUUGCAAAUCGAUAGGGCUUGAGAAUGAAGAGGCCAACGUUGAAGAACCCAUUCCUCUUGGUGAGGAAGCUAUACAGCAAUUAACUUCUGGCGCAAGAAAAUUUGAUGCCCCUCUUCUUCACUUCAAAGCACGAGUUUCAUCCGGUACCUAUAUUCGCUCACUUGUGAGCGACAUUGGGAAGGCAAUGAGAUCUUCAAGCUAUAUGGUGAAGCUUAUUCGUUGUCAGCAAGAAAAUUGGGCUUUGGAGAAGAACAACGUUUUCUCCAUUCAAGAUUUUUCUGAUUACGAAGAAGAAGUCUGGUCAUCUGUUCUCGAAAAGGUAAUGGAAGAAGGUUCCUCUAUUGAUGUCAAAAUGGAACUAGAGAAUGCCUCUAAAGAGCUUGAACUCAAGAAAAAGGGAGCUGAGGCAGCGCUAGAAAAGGACUCAAAAGACGCAGAGGAGUCGAGCGAGCUGAAUGUGAAAGUUUUGCCUGAAGAGCAUAAUCAAAACCUGAAGAGGCCGCUGGAAGAAUAA